AUGGUCCUAGAGGGGGUUCCAUUCAACACACACACCCAGCACUCCAUCGAGUUGGUAUCGGAGGCCUCGGACUGUGGCUGGGAGAUGACAUUACACAUAAACAUCAAAGAACUCAAGGCGGUCCGCUUGGCAUGCGGAGUCUUCCUACCUCACCUGUUGGGCAAGGUGGUGAGAGUUCUGACACACAACACAGCCUCGAUGUUCUACAUCAACAGGCAAGGGAGAGCAUGUUCGUCGACUCUUUGCCAAGAGACACGCCAUCUCUGGGACUUCUGCAUCAGCCAUGAAGUCCAUCUGGAAGCUUGUCACCUCCUUGGCGUCAAGAACACACUAGCAGAUGACCUCAGCAGGGACUUCUCCUCUCACCACGAGCAGUCGCGCCACCCGGAGGUAGCUGGCAUGAUCUUCCAGAAUUGGGGAAAUUCCCUAAGUGGACCUGUUUACCACCAGCCCGGCGGGGCGCCCGCCUUCCGCGGGCACCGCCUGGGCCCGGCCGGGGAGGCGGCGGCCGAGCUGCGGGCGCUGCGGGAGCGGGGCCGCUGGUGCCCCGAGCACCGGGAGCGGCCCCUGGAGCUGUUCUGCGCCGACUGCGCGCUCUGCGUGUGCGCCCUGUGCCCGGUGCUGGGCGCCCACCGCGGCCACCGCGUCAGCCUGGUGGGGCCGGCCGCGCAGGGCACCAAGGAAUUCAUGACAACGUUCUUGAAGGAGCUAGACUUGAAAAAGAAACAGGAAGUUGGCAAUAUAAGACAUAUAGAACAAGCUGUUAAUGACCUUAAGGCACACGCCUCGGCUAGUAAAGCGUCUCUGGCAGGGAAGUUCGCCGAACUCCGGUUACUACUUGAUGAAGAGGAAAGGUUGACAAAAAAAUUCAUAAAUGAAAAGACUCAACGGGCCCUCAUGAUGUAUGAUCAGCAGACGGAGUCAUGUCAAGAACGAAUUCAAAUCAUAGAGAGCUUCUCAGACCGAGUCAGGCAGAUCCAGCUGCGAAGUGAUCCCAUUCAGUUAUUACAGGACUACUCAGCAUCAGAAAAAGAAAUACAGGAGCAGAGGGCUCCGGCGGAACAGUGGCACCCAGUGCCUAUGUCGUUUGAGCAUGUUAUGAACCAUUACAGGGGCUUCGCAGGAGCUAUUCAGUCCGUUCUGCAGAAAUCUUUAGAAGCUCGUCUGAAAGAAGACAUUUUCAGCAGCCUCAAUGCCACUUCAAAGAAGGAACCUGGCGCGUUGCUGAAAACAACAUCUACAGUUGAUCGAUCGUUAUUUUUAAAACAUGCGAGAUCACCAACCUUGGAAUACGAGAGCCUUCAUCCCAGGUUGAGUUUGUCUGAGGAUCGUCUUACAGUAAGCUGCAGCUGGAGGAGGAAAUUUUACCCUUAUAGCCCCCAGAGAUUUGAUAAAUUAUGGCAAGUCUUGAGCAAAGAUGCUUUCUUCUCUGGGAGCCAUUACUGGGAAGUGGACGUGCUUCACGCUGGACAAGGAUGGUGGAUUGGAGCAGCGUACCCUUCCAUCAAGAGACAUGGAGACGCCGAAACUUGUCGAUUAGGGUGGAACAGAGCAUCCUGGUGUAUAAAAAGGUUUGACCUUGAAUAUUGGGCAUUUCACAAGGGAGAGAGGACCCUGAUCCUGAUCAAUGACGAUCCAGAACGAAUUGGUGUUUUCCUGGAUUACGAGGCUGGCAUCCUCUCGUUCUAUAAUGUAACGGAUGGUAUGGCCCACCUGCAUACGUUCCGCUGCAAGUUCACAGAGCCUCUUUACCCAGCACUUAGGCUGUGGGAAGGUGCAAUAACAAUCUGCAAACUGACUUAAGAAGUGAUGAGACAAAGACAUGAACUGGAGCCUGCUUUGCAAUUAUUUGUAUGUAAAACCACUUUAAAAGGAGUUAUAAAUUAAUUCUCACAGAUUACAGCAACCACGCUGUAAGGCUUUAAAGGCUUUAGCUACAUUUCUUACUCAAUACUGAUCACUAAAAUGUGAUUCUCAGUACCCAGUAUAGAUAAAUACUCAGGUCUUUGUCAAAUCAAAUACCCCAGAAGAUACUAUUAUAGAUGAGUGAUUUUUACAUGAUUGUAUUUUCCAAGUGCUCUUCUGCCAUUUAUGAAUGGCACUUCAGGUUAUGGAAUUGUAAGAAUCCUCCUCAGGGUGUCUAAAAGACUAAAGCAAUUUUACACUGUAUUUUUGUAGUGGAUUGUGGCUUACAAAAUAGAACACAGUCCUAUUUUAAUUACGUGAUAGCUGUCAUAGUUUAUGCAACUGAUUUUUGGAACAGGAGCUAGUAGUCCAUUUUAUUAAACUACUACCCUACCUCCAGCUGGCUGGAGAGAUUACCAUCUUGCAUAGGUAUUACUCUGAGCUUGGCUUAUGUAAGAUGCAACUUUUAGUUUAAUUUUGUUA